UGCCCAAAGACCAGCACACUAGGGGUUCUUCACGAUCUCUAUCCAGAGCAAACAGGCGAACCGAGGGUUAAGGGGCGGGGCCUCUGCGAGGGGCGGGGCCUCGGGCGGAGCAGGGUCGGGCUUCGCGCACCUGUAGGUUCUGUCCAGGGAUCCGCAGUCGCAGCCCCGGAGCAGCGCCGGGAGCGCGUCCGGAGCGUCCUAGGCUCGCGAUCGCUAUGGCGGAGUUCCCGUCGAAAGUGAGCACCAGGACCAGCAGCCCCGCGCAGGGCGUGGGAGCAUCUGUGUCUGCGCUGCGACCGGACCUGGGCUUUGUGCGCUCCGCCCUUGGGGUGCUCGCGCUUCUGCAGCUGGUGCUGGGGCUGCUGGUGUGGGCCUUGAUCGCUGACACCCCAUACCACCUGUAUCCUGCCUACGGCUGGGUUAUGUUUGUCGCUGUCUUCCUCUGGCUGGUAACAAUUGUCUUCUUCAUCAUCUACCUGUUUCAACUGCAUAUGAAGUUGUACAUGGUGCCCUGGCCGUUGGUGUUACUGGUCUUCUUUGUUGCUGCCACCGUCCUCUAUAUUACCGCCUUUGUCGCCUGUGCGGCAGCGGUCGAUCUGACAUCCCUGAGGGGCUCCCGACCAUACAACCAGCGCUCAGCGGCCUCUUUCUUUGCCUGUCUGGUGAUGAUUGCCUACGGACUGAGUGCUUUCUUCAGCUUCCAGGCCUGGCGAGGAGUGGGCAGCAACGCGGCCACGAGUCAGAUGGCUGGGGGCUACUCUUAAGCCAGCUAUGCUGUGACCUAAGCCACGGCUGGGUCUUAGCACAGGGCCACCCCCAACCUUACCGGGCUUAAGCUCUCCAAGCACUCCUGAGGAACAGGCCCAAGCUGGCACAGAUGGACAGCCAAGAGCCAGGAGUUGGGACAUCCUCCUCACCUCCCUUAUUCAGCAGAAGAUGAUGGGGUUGGGGGCUCUUGUGGCUUUGCCUUGUCAUCAGAGAACUUCAGUACCCCAGACUGGGCCACCCUGCUCACCAACACUAAAUGCACUAACAGACCUUCAGCCUCUGAUCUGCCAUAGUGUAAACCUAACAAGACAACACAUGGUCUGUGUUCCAGAAGCUAAGCCCGCCCCCAGGCUCUUCUGGUCCCCCCUCCCCUCCCCUACCGCACGCCAACCUGUUGUCGCCCAUAGAGAGACUUUUAUAGAAGAGUUGGGAUUUCGAGGACUGGACUAUUUCAGUUGGUUUUAAUAGUUUCCAAGACAGCAAGCCUCACCAUGUCCCCUCCCUCACGUGGAACUUUCUCUCCCUUUGGGAGAGAGCAUCCGUGCAGGGUGCUUCCCCCAGGCUGCUGAUUAGACACAGGGGACUUCCAAGGAGGGAGAGAGGGAAGCAGGGCCUUGCCUGGUGAGUUGUCAGGGGGUUAAUGGCGACUCUUAUUUGGAAUUAUUAUUUUUUACAAUUUAAAUUAAAAUGGAUGUGUCUGUUUGGAAA